CUGCAGUUCAAAUACAGAUAUAUUCACUCACAUAGACAUUAAAAAUGGACGAAAUAAAAGAGAAAUUUUGUGGUAAAUGGAAAUUAGAUCGUAGUGAAAAUUUCGACGAAUUUCUCAAGGAAAUGGGGGUGAAUUUUUUGGUACGUAAAAUGGCUGGAAGUUCUAAGCCUGAACAAGAGAUCCGAGUAGACGAUGAUACAAUUGUUGUUUCUACCAAGGCUGGAUUCUGGAAUAAAGAAAGUCGAAUGAAACUGAAUGAAGAGUUUGAAGAAGAUAGAGACGGGGUAAAAAUGAAGUGUUUUGGUAAAUAUGAGAAUGGUGUAAUAAUAAUAGACAAUACUCCAAUAGAUAAACCUGAUUUUAAACCUCAAAAGGUCACGAGAGAAAUCAUAGACAAUGAAUUAGUAAUGAUUAUGAAUGUUGGAGAUGGUUAUUUAAUAUGUAAACGAUAUUUCAAGAGGCUUCCUUAGAAAUUGUUUAUUUUUCUUUUAUGCGUGUAGGAGAUGUUAGUGUACCAGUAUAUAAACUGGACAGUUUUUUUUUGAUGGAUGUGACCAAGUAACUUUGCUCAUGUGGCAUUAAAAUGCCUGUAAAUAUAUAAUUAUGAUGUAGCCGGGGCAAUAAGUAUAUUUGCUACAUAAAAGGGGCCAUUUUAGUAUAAUAUAAUGUGUCGUUUGUUUACCAACCAUUAGAAUUAAAUUUCAGCUACUAGGAUCACUUCUCAGAUAAAAUCCUGGCUUCAUUCUUUAGGACUUACUAUUAAGUCUACAACUUCAAUUUAUAUUUAUUAUUUAUUUUAUAACCUGUAUUAUAGUUUUACUUGGAAGUUGGGUAAAAUAAAUCCAUGGAUACGUAUUGCGGAGUGUGUAUGCGUGAAAAAAGACCACAUGGACUGUAUGCGCAUUACACAUCUAUGGAUGGCUCCCGAUGUAUAUGGGAAACAUACAUUUAUGCCUAGCAUAGCCUUUCGACAAACGAACUUCCUUGUAUUAAGACCUGUCUGUAUACAUGAAAUUUCAAUAUAUUGAGAAUAUAUUAAAGUUAAAGAUUUUAAGUAUUUUAAGUGAAAGUAUUUUCCUCGCGCCCAUAUGUUAAGGAUAAGAGACUGGAGUAGGCCCGUAGCCAGACUGGAGUGUAGAAUUCGCUACACUACACAACAUAUAUUUCAAUUUCUCUGCUGUCGGUAUCGUGUGUAUGUCUGAAUUGCUUGGCUGGACAUAUUUAACAGAACCAAAUAAAUAUUUGAUUUCCAUAUUUUGGUAAGGUCAUCAUUCACAGUCAAUCGAAUAAUCCACAGAAAAAAGGCAAAACCAAAUAUAAUCAACUGAAAUAUUGUUCUGGCUAUGGGUCUUGACAUUCCAGAAAGAUAGAAUACCGUGCUAAUGAUCGACUCGAUGACAAAUGGAUUAAAGUCAUUGAUCUUUUAACAUAGACAAGAUAUCAUUAAGCAUUGGAUUUCGUCCAGAAUGUCCACGGUUAAUGUCCUUAUUAGAGACAUCUACAGUCUUAAGUUAUUUUCUUCAAUGACAAAAAGUUCACGCUAACGUAGCCUACUGUUCAUGAACUUUUCAGAAGUCUGUAACAAAGGUGAAUUAAAAUGUAUUAAAAGGUUUACGUCCCUUCUCUU